AUGAGUGGCAUGGGAGAAUUUGAUGCAAGAGAAAUUGCUCUUGUAAUAAGGGGCUUUAACAUCCUCUUAAUGGGCAUGCAAGGAUCGUAUGAUCGAGCUCUACAAGAUAAGUGUGUUUUGGGAGAAUGGUGGUCACUAGGCAGAUCAUUGAAGGUUGAGGAUUACUUUGGAGCUGUUAAGGUAAGAUUUGUUUGCCAUACUUGCUGCUGGAAUUCUAGUACAAUGUACAUUGAUUUAAGUGAGAUUGUGUAA